UUGAUGCCGUAUAAAAUGGGGAGGAGUUUGCGUCAUGCUGCACACCGCUCAACACAGCAACACACUAACACAACCCGAUCUCUCACUCUCUCGCGUGUAGCAGCAACCAAGGGAAAAAAUGGCGCCGGUGAAGGUGUUCGGGCCGGCCAUGUCGACGAACGUGGCCCGGGUGCUGGUGUGCCUGGAGGAGGUCGGCGCCGAGUACGAGGUGGUGGACAUCGAUUUCAAGGCCAUGGAGCACAAGAGCCCCGAGCAUCUCGUCAGAAACCCGUUCGGCCAAAUCCCUGCUUUCCAGGAUGGGGAUCUGCUUCUCUUCGAGUCACGCGCAAUUGCAAAGUACGUGCUUCGCAAGUACAAGAAGAACGAAGUCGACCUGCUGAGGGAAGGCAACCUCAAGGAGGCCGCCAUGGUGGAUGUAUGGACGGAGGUCGACGCGCACACCUACAACCCGGCCAUCUCGCCGAUCGUGUACGAGUGCCUCAUCAACCCGCUGAUGCGCGGCCUGCCGACCAACCAGACGGUGGUGGACGAAAGCCUGGAGAAGCUGAAGAAGGUGCUGGAGGUCUACGAGGCGCGCCUGUCCCAGCACGAGUACCUCGCCGGGGACUUCGUCAGCUUCGCCGACCUCAACCACUUCCCCUACACCUUCUACUUCAUGGCCACGCCUCACGCGGCGCUCUUCGACUCGUACCCGCACGUCAAGGCUUGGUGGGAGAGGCUCAUGGCGAGGCCGGCCGUCAAGAAGCUCGCCGCACAAAUGGUUCCCAAGAAGCCGUGAUUUGCUAGGCGGGAUUUCGCAUCGUGGGAUCCGAUUCCGAUCACUGAUCUGCGUGGCGUUUUCUUGUUGGUGUCGCGAAUAAGGCAAUGAGCUUGUGUGGCUGGAAUUGCACCAGCGUGCAGUUUUUGUGCUUGCGUAUCGUAUGUGUGGUUGUGAAAACUCUCGAGAUGGAAUAAUGUCUUAUAAGGCUUUCAGA